AUGGAUCGUUUCAAAAAAAUAUUCAAGAAGAACUCGACAGCAGACAAAGCCAAGGCGAGGCGCAGGAAUAUUAGACGAUCUCAGUCAAUGCCACUUGGAGGCUACUACUACGAAGACGACCCUAAGGCCGUUUAUCGCGGCAAGAAACCCUUGGAGGCAUCGAAGAUCAGGCACAUCCCACCGACCGACAGGGACCUUCCGAACAACUACAGAGGCGUCUCUGUUCUCGAUAUCUCGCAGCUUACCGAUGCCCAAAAGGCUAGGGAAUGGUGGUAUAGAAAACAGGGACAACCAGACACUCCGCAACGGAUUGAAAUCAGACGCGCUAUCGAAGCAGCGUUUCCUCCGGCUCCUUCCCACUCGAAGCCUGCUGUAUCCCAAGUCAACCGAGCUUCUCCAGACGAUAUGGACCACAUGCUCGCCAGUGGUGAUACUAUGAGCCUCGUCAAUCCUGAUGAAACGGACGACUCAAUUUUUGGGAAGAAGCUGAAGGCCGAUCUUCGGGCGCGGUACGACAGAGCUUACGGUCCUGUUGAGCGUACGCCAACCGAGUCGGUCCCCAGGCCUAAACUUCGUGGAAGCUAUUCCACCAUGGACUUGAACUCGAGUGCACGAAUGCGACGCGGACCCGCAUCGCGCCAACCCGAGGUUCACCAUGUCGACAGGCAACCAACCCAGAAAUCCCGAAGAGGCGAAACUGGUACCUACGCAUCCAAAUCCCAGGCCUAUCGCGACGGAAGGAACAAGCCCCUCCCAAAGUUACCCACCGAUGCCGAACCUCACGUUCGAAUGCCCAAGGUUCCAUCAAGCACUGAUGAGGCGGCCUCGUUUGAUAGACUAUUCAAAGAAUCGCGAAAGGUCGUCAACACCCAGAAGUAUCAUCCAAAUCCGCCUGGCUGGAUAUAG